AAAUAAAAUUGAAAAUGAGAGCACAUGUUUCCUUCAGCCAGUUCUGGCUUUGAGGAGCGGCGGAGCAAAAACCUAAAUCCGGAAUUGGCGUAGGAAGUAAAGCAGUUAAUGAAAUUGCUGGCGGCUCGAAACCAAGAAGAGAAACCAAUGUCUAUUUGGUGAGUUCCUGCUCGUUCACUACAAGUAGUGCAUUUGUGCCUGAUUGUAUUGCAUUCAUCCAAUUAUGCUCAAUUCUUGUUGUAAAAGAUUGCAAUUAAUGCUCGGAAUUGUUGGUGAUUCAGCGACCCAUUUGAAAGUUUUCCCAAAAGAAGCUAUUUUUCUCAGGUCAUAUUCAUCGAAAUCAUCAUUAGUUUCUGAAAAAGAUAUACUAGGAGAAAAACGUGGCUCUUUUACAGAGUCUUACCUUAUGAACUCAUGUGGGUUGUCCCAAAAACUCGCUGUUUCUGUGUCCAAGAAGGUACAAUUUGAUACCCGAGAAAGACCAGAUUCGGUUCUUAAUCUUCUCAAACGCCAUGGAUUCAGUAAAACCCACAUCUCAGAACUUGUUAAGAAACGUCCAAAGUUGCUCUUAGCCAAUGCUGAGAAGAACCUUGUCCCAAAGCUUGAGUUUUUCGCUUCUAUUGGCAUUUCAGGUACCGGCCUUGCUCACAUGGUUUGUAUGAGCCCGGUUGUUUUAGAACGAAGCAUAGAGGGAAGUCUCAUGCCUUGUUAUCAUAUCAUAAAAAGUUUACUUGUUCUCGAUGACAACAAGCUUUCUCGUAUGUUUGCAAACAUUCAGUGGGUACGGCUGGCCAAAAUGAGAAACAUUGCUCCCAACAUUUCAGUUCUGAGAGCACUUGGAGUGCCAGAAGCCUCAAUCUCUCAUUGGAUGUCGCAUCGUCCUUUUCUAUUAUCCCUUGAAUCUGACAAGUUUAAGGAAAAUGUCAAGAAGGCCACGAGUAUGGGUGUCCCCCCUUCGUAUGCCUCAUUUAUGAAAGUGCUGUAUGUGAUUAUUCGAGUGCAUGAACCAGAAUGGGCUCAAAAGAUGGAGCUUUAUAAGAAUUGGGGUUGGACUGAAGAUGAUUUCUUGUUGGCAUUUAGAAAGAAUCCUCAGUUUAUGGAAUUAACAGUGAAGAAUUUUUCGAGUAAAAUGGAUUUUCUUGUGAACAAAAUGGGUUGGCAUCCUGCAGAUGUGGCUGGAAGUUCACUUGCUCUAAAUUAUAGUUUGGAAAAGUAUAUCAUACCAAGGUGCUUAGUUAUUAGAGUUCUCCUGUUGAAAGGCUUGAUAUCGAAGGGAGAAUUUUCUUUAGGCACCCUUGUCAGGAAACCAAAGCAGUACUUCUUGGAUAGGCUUGUAAUCAAAUAUCAAGAGCAAGUACCUGAAUUACGUAGCAUCGUUGAAGGGAAAUUGAGACUUGCGGAACAGGGCUUAGGAUUUGAGCAAAAAGGGGACGGUGUGAAACAAUUGUAGGAAGACGCUGCGAUGUGGUUUCUUCUUUGAUGAUUGAAGACUAACUGCCGGUAAUUUCAUCUCAGUUGUUGUUGGUUGAUGAAGUAAUCCGUGCUGGGCAUAACACGCAGAAGCCAACUUAGUGUCAGCAGAUGUUUUUGGCCGUCUGAAGUGCUGCUUUUGGUGUCUUGAGUGCGAAUUGGGUGAAACUACCUUAAUGUAACUGACCGAGGUGAGUUGUGUUGUUGAGGAUUGUUAGAGGGAAUCAUAAUUUUCAUCCGCUCCGGAUGUUUUUCUUAUGAAAGAGGAAUUUGUGGCCAAAACGUUUCGAGAUUCUCAUUUUUCACCCAUGAGUCAUUCACUCCUUUGUGUUUGUUUCUCCUUACAAUUUUGGUAUGGAACUGGAAUUGCUAGCUAA